AUGACCCUACCUCAGAAACGACCUUUGGUGGCAGAACAGAAAUCGGUAGCACCCGUCUAUGAAGCUAACCCGAGUAGUAUUAGUCUUGCCUAUACCGACACUGCUAGUAUCACUUGUCUAAAUAGAAGAAGCCCGUUUGAAUGCGUCAUUUGUUUAGGCACUUUCAAGAUUAACAUUCCUCAUGGCACCGACGGUUGCCACCACAAGCUUUGUAGGGCAUGUAUCAGACUCUAUUUCAUAGAUGUCUUGAAGGAUAAGCAUUACGAGACGUUUGACCGUGUGAAAUGUCCUACGCUUGGCUGCAAAGAGACUUUUAUCACUGAUAAAGUUUUGAUUAAUUUUUAUACCAAGGCAGAAAUCAAAAGAUGGUGGAGCUCAGCUAUUACCAAUGCUUACAUGGACAAUAAGAUUCAAUGCCCUAUGCCUGGCUGUGUUGCUAUGUUUGACGUUCAUGAUUCAUUGACAAGACAAUGUACGCCUGUUGAAUGUUACGAAUGUCAUCGGGGUUUUUGUGUAGCCUGUCAGAGUCCAUGGCAUCCUGGCGAGAUAAAAGUGUUUGAUGACGAAGCCGAAGUUAUCAAAACCCUAAAGAAGGCCGAAAAGAACUUAUGGUGUCGCUGUCCUAACUGUUCACGUAUUGUUGAGAAAAUGAGUGGUUGCUAUACCAUCAAAUGUAUUUGUGGCACCUUGUUUUGCUAUCGUUGCGGUGGAAAGUCAAAUGAUCACACGUGUCUCAAUGCCUGUCAGAAUCUAUCUAACGAACGUUUAUCUGCCCUCCGCAGCUCCAUGUUUGCAAAUCAAAAGAAACCUCGAGUUUAA